AUGUCAACGGAAGCUGCCAUGUUUCUGGCCGGCGACAUGGUUGAAUACAGCCCGUCGACCGGUCACGACCUCCCCGUUGAAGAACUACGCCUGCCUGCUGACUUUACCUGGGGAACUGCAACCGCAGCUUUCCAGGUCGAGGGUGCCGUGUCCCAGGAUGGAAAAGGCAAAUCGAUAUGGGACACCUACUCGCACCUCCAUCCAUCACGCACCAAUGGUCAGAAUGCAGACAUAGCCUGCGAUCACUACAACCGUGUGGAGGAAGACGUGGCUCUCAUGUCAUCGCUCGGCGUAGAUGUGUACCGAUUCUCGCUAGCCUGGACACGGAUCAUCCCCCUUGGCGGGCGACAAGAUCCUGUCAAUGAGAAGGGGAUUGCAUUCUAUAGCAAUCUCAUUGACACGCUUCUGGCUCACAACAUCGAGCCUGUUGUGACGCUAUACCACUGGGAUCUUCCUCAGAAGCUUUACGACCGCUACGGAGGCUUUCUGGAUACGGCAGAGUUUAAGGCGGACUUUGAGAACUACGCUCGCGUUUGCUUCGCUCGCUUUGGCGACCGAGUCAAGAAGUGGGUGACAUUCAACGAACCAUACAUCAUCUCCAUCUUCGCCCAUCACAAUGGUGUUCUUGCCCCGGGUCGAUGCGCCGCGAUGGGCGCCGAUACCAAGACAGAGCCGUGGCGUGUCGGGCAUACGAUCAUUCUGUCUCACGCCUCGGUCGUUCAGAUCUAUGCGAAGGAAUUCCAGCCGGCUCAUGAAGGAGUCAUCUCUAUAGUGCUCAACGGGCACUUCUAUGAGCCUGUCGAUACAGAGGUCCACGCUCACAAGGAUGCCGCACAACGAAGAAUGGAGUUCUACAUCGGGUGGUUCGGAGACCCGGUGUUCUUGGGGCAAGACUAUCCGUCGUCAAUGCGGGAAUAUCUUGGAUCUCGUCUGCCCGAGUUCAGCGCAGAGGAGAGGAGUUUGCUUCGCGAAACAGCUCACAUUAAUGCGUUUUAUGGCAUGAAUCACUACUCGACGAAGUACGCCCGCGCUUUAUCAACUCCACCAGCAGACGACGACUGGACUGGGAACAUUGAAGAGUCAUCGGUGAACUCCCAAGGAAUCGAGAUCGGCCCGAUGUCCGGGGUGCAGUGGUUGCGGCUUGCACCAGAAGGCUUCAGAAAGCUUCUCAACUGGACAUGGGAUCGUUAUCAUCUCCCAAUCAUCGUCACCGAGAACGGAUGUCCAUGCCCCGGGGAAGACGAUGUUGCGGUUGCUGUUGAUGACCAGUUUCGUCAAAGAUACUUCGGCUUGUAUCUGGACGCCAUUUCUCGUGCCAUCUACCAGGACGGAGUGCAGGUACAGGGUUACUAUGCCUGGACUCUAAUGGAUAACUUUGGCAAGUCAUCCGACAAAAUCUUUCGGUUUUCACACUAA